AUGCGUGCCGUCGCCCUCUCCUCGCUUCUCCGGCCCCGCAAUCAACUUCAGAAAAUUGCCAUCCUCGGCCAUGCAACAGCCCCUUACUCAACCUCCUCAAGCUCACCACCCUCGCAACCCUCACCCCCAUCAUCCCCCUUACCCUCAACAUCGCCAACCACCCACUUCAACCCCGACACCUACCUCCACCGCGCCCGCCAAAAAUUCGCCUCCCAACCAGCCACCCUCAUUCCCGACAUCCUCUCCCCGACCCCGUCCCACCUGCUCACCCUCUCCCUAGCCGACCACGUGCCCGCGCUCUUCCCGCCCGGCCGCAUCACCCGCCCGCUCCCCUCCAGACUCGACACCCCGCCGGCAGACCUGGUCCUCCCGCAGGGCCACCACCUCGUCUACUUCCCGCCGCAGCUGCCGCCGUCGCGCCUGCUGCCCGACGGCACCGACCCGGCCCACUGCCCCGGCGCGCCCUUCGUGCGCCGCAUGUGGGCCGGCGGCGAGCUGGUUUUCCGGGACGGCUGGGACGCGGCGCUCCGCGUGGACGGCCGCCGCGCCGUGUGCGCCGAGCGGGUGCUCGCGGAGCGGGCCGUGCUGAAGUUGGGCCCGGCCGAGGGCCAGGAGAAGGUCUUUGUCGAGGUCGAGAGGCUGUACGGCGUUGGGCGAAGGGAUGCGCGCGGGGAGGAGGUGAGGAGGUUGGUGUUUAUGCGGGAGAGGAACACGCGGACGGGGGAGGCGAGGAUUGUAAAAGCUCCUGCCGCUCCCGAAUUCGCCUUCUCCCUCAAACCUGACGCCACCCUGCUCUUCCACUUCAGCGCUCUCACCUACAACGCCCACUCCAUCCACUUCGACCCGGACUACGUCCGCGGUAAGGAAGGGUACCGGGGUUUGCUCGUCCACGGCCCGCUGUCGCUGGUGCUCAUGCUCUCGGCGCUGCGGGCCUGUCUGGCGCAGGUCCAGUCCGCGGCUGCCCCGAAGAGCGACCCCGCAAGGCCGAUGCCCUACGUCAAGUCGUUCACCUAUCGCAAUAUCGCCCCGCUUUAUGUGAACGAGGAGAUGAGGGUGUGUUUGCGAAGGACGAAGCCGGACGGCGCUGAGUGGGACGCAUGGAUCGAAGGGCCCGAGGGCGGCCUCGCUGUCAAGGGGCAUGCCGUCGCAGCGGGCGUUGUUGGGACGCCGUAA